UUUCGCUUUUAUUUCAGAGUGCACGUGUUGAAAUAAUUUCAAUUUAUUAUUUAAAAGAUCAUUUGUACAUGUAUAUUUAUUAAAAAUGCCUAAAUCCAAAAGAGACAAGAAAAUAUCGUUAACAAAAACGGAUCGCAAAGGCCUAGCUUGGAAACAGUUAAUAAUUGAGGAUAUACGUAAAUGUGCCGAAACAUACCCUAAUAUUUUCGUAUUUCAAGUGCAGAAUAUGCGCAACAAUUUGUUAAAAGAUUUACGAAAAGAGUGGCGGGAGAAUUCUCGUUUUAUCUUCGGAAAAAAUCGAAUUAUGCAAAUUGGUUUGGGCCGUACCAAAGAUGAAGAGAUGCAGACCGACUUGCACAAAUUAUCAAAAAGACUAACUGGUCAAGUAGGAUUAUUAUUUACGGAAAAAUCGAAACAAGAAGUUUUGGAAUGGGCGGAGAAUUAUUGGGCUCUCGAGUAUGCUCGUAGUGGCUUUUUAGCUACGGAGACAAUUGUGUUGCCAGAAGGACCUUUAAAAGAUUUUUCACACUCCAUAGAACCGCAUUUACGUUCAUUGGGUAUGCCUACAAAAUUGCAAAAAGGUGUGAUCCACUUGUACAAGGAUUAUACGGUGUGUGAAGAAGGUAAAGUUUUAAACCCUGAACAGGCGAGGAUUUUGAAAUUAAUUGAUAAACCGAUGUCAAAGUUUCGUUUAACAAUAAAAUGUUCUUGGUCUAAAAGCGAAGGAUUUGAGCUACACAAACCAGACGAUUUGCAAAAUAAUGAUAGCGGCAAUGGGGACGAAGCAGAAGAUAUGGAGCAGGAUGAUAAUGAUGAAAGUGAUUAGCUAAGUAUUAAUUAGUUCUAUAUUUAAUAAAAAUUU